AUGGCGAUAGAUGGUGGAGAGCGGAAUUGUGGAGUACAUGAGCUUAUCUGCAUCAGAAAAGUGUCUCCUGAGGCUCUUGGGUUCUUGUCUGGCAUUGGUGUCUUCAUCUUUCUUGUGAUUGUACUCUUUCUUUACCUCAAUAACAAAUUAUCUCUUGAGAGUGCCAACCAACUGCCCAGCCUUGACCAGUUCAGAAAGAGUAAAGAGGCAACAGAUAAGAAUUAUGUUAAUACAGACUAUCACUGCUCGUCCUCAGACAGCGAUGAUGAGGUGAUUGGACAGUACCAGGAGGCAGUGUCUAGAUCACAGGGUCUCCGGGGGGGCUCAGCAGGGACUAACUCGAGCCACCAGAAGGCCUAUGGCUGGGACACGAGACAGAAAUACUGCCCCCUGGCGGCUGAGUAUGACGGCUACAGUAGUGAGGCCUCUGCAGAUGAUGUGAACUGUAUUCAGCGGAUGAGACGAACGCCGCCAUUGGAUGAGCUGCAGCCUCCACCCUAUCAGGAUGAGAAUGGGUCGCCACGUAUGUCCUGCACGCCCUCCGACCUGGGUGAUGCCAAAUGUGACCUUUCCCACGGGAGCGAGAGCCCCAGACACAGUUAUGGGAAAUGUCCGAGUGAGCUCAGCGGAACACAGGAAACCGAAAGCUUCCUCAAUAAAGGCUAUGAAGAAGAUGUACCAAGCGAUAGCACUGCUGUACUCAGCCCAGAGGAUCUUUCUGCUCGUGGUUCGGCGGCUCAGCUUCCCAAAGGUUACGACCCCGAGCCCCUCGCCCAGUAUGGAACUCUCGAUGUCAUCUUUGACCACGAUUCAUCCGACCAGCGGCUGUCCGUCACGAUAACAGCACUGACGGACAUUCCCCGUCUCAAACGAACGGGUAACAUCUCGUGGCAGGUGCAUCUGGUGCUGCUGCCCACCAAGAAACAAAGGGCCAAAACCAUUAUUCAGCGAGGCCCCUGCCCCAUAUUUACAGAGACUUUUCACUUUAGCCAUAUCGAGUCGGAGAUGAUCGGGAACUAUGCCGUCCGGUUCCGUUUGUACAGCGUGCGCAGGAUGAAGAAGGAGAAGGCUCUUGGAGAGAAGGUCUUCUACCUCACCAAACUCAACCUGCAGGGCAAGAUGUCUGUGCCCAUCAUUCUGGACCCCAGCUGCAACAUACCUGGCAGUGACUCACAAGCCAGCGUGUCAGACGUGUCGUGCAGUGAGACGGCCUCGUCGUUCCCAUCUGCAGUUCAGGGGUCAGCUCCGGAGAUCCUGCUUGGGCUUGUGUACAAUGCCACUACAGGACGGCUCUCUGUAGAGGUCAUCAAAGGAAGUCACUUUAAAAACGUGGCUGCAAAUAAACCUCCUAACGGUUUGUUCUGUUGUCUAAAGCACUUGAUAGGUGGCCAGGUGUACAUUAUUCGAGACACAUAUGUCAAGCUCACUCUGCUAAACUCAAUGGGUCAAGAGAUGUCCAAAUGUAAGACGUCCAUAAGACGCGGCCAACCCAACCCCACCUACAAGGAGACAUUUGUAUUCCAGGUAGCCUUGUUCCAGCUAUCUGACGUCACUAUCAUCCUGUCGGUCUACAACAAACGCAGCAUGAAACGGAAGGAGAUGAUUGGCUGGAUCUCCCUAGGGCUGAACAGCUCUGGGGAGGAGGAGCUAACGCACUGGACUCAGAUGAAAGAAUCAAAGGGACAACAGGUGUGUCGAUGGCACAGUCUUUUGGAGUCCUAGAAGGUUAUUUGGCGACAGGGAUGAUGUGUGUAAUAUGAAGAUGGGGUGGGGACGGAGAGCAUGUCAAGCCCUCAAAUAGCCCCAAAACGACAGAGCUGGCCCCCACUGCUGUGAAUUAUGGGAUAUGUGUCUAGUUCUUGGAAUUUAAUUCUGGGAAAAGGGUUAGAGGUCAUAGCGAGAACAGGGCUAGAAAUGUUAAACUGUUAAUGGAAGAAUCAUUAAUGAGAAAUGUUAUUGUAUAUUUUUUGACUUAAACUUUUGGUUUUCUUUGAGAUGGUUGUGAGAGAGAAAUGUAUGUGUGGAUCAGUAAGCAGGCCAGAAGUUUAGGCAUACAUGAUCUCCAGAGACAAAAUUAGACAAGUUAAAAUGUCUUGGCUCAGAUUAUAACUCAUGUUCAAAGAUUACGUUUUACUCUGGGACAGGACAGGGAUUAACUGUCAUUAAAAUGUCUAAGAAUAACUUUUGAAGGCUAAAGGAAAGUUUGACAGAUGCAUCUACAGUAUAUGGCCUCAAUAAGCGGCCUCAACAUAUGAUCAGAUUAUAUGGGAUCUUUCUAUUGUUCGUCAGUAAUAUUUUGGAGAGAAUACAAAUAGGAAAAUGUGUGAAAUAUGUUACGUUUAUUUACAUAUUUUAACUUUACUUACUAUAGAAGAAACCCUUAAUAAAAAGCUACAUACAGUAUACAGCACUGUACAGUAAAGUACAGUACAGUACUUUUAAUGGAUAUUUCAUGACUUUAAUGCGUUUAUUAUAUCCAAUGUAUAUCUUUGUAUUAAUAAAAUACUAAUAAUAAUAUAAUACCUUUAAUGUAUAUACUGUGGUGGACAUCUGGAAGACAGAACAGGACAUUGCUGUUAAUUCCAUAGAGUGUGAAUAAAACUAACUUGAUGAUUUCAUGAGUUAAACAGAAUUAUAAAAACUAUACAGUAGAACAUGACCACAUUGACUGUUGUCACCAUGGUCUCGCUUCAAAUAGCCUACCAUACCACGGUCUCACUUCAAAUAUUAUUUCAAAUGCUCCACUUUGGUGUGUCUAGAACAAUGUUUCCGUCCCAGUUCUAACUAUGAGGUAUGACUUUCACAUCAAGUCCUGAAAAACAUUGAGCACAUGUGUCAUCAGCUCAUCCUUGAACUUGUGGAAUCAUGGGACUGUUCUAAAUAAUGACCUUUAUAUAAACCCUUCUUUAACAUUUCUGUUAAUCGGUUAAGUGAUGCUACAUUGUUGAGUCACUAGUUUGUAAGGUGUGUAUUAGCCAUCAUUAUAUAACAGCUGACUGUUUGCAUAAGGCUUUUCUUACAUAUUGCAUUCUUUGAUCUUGAAUGCUCAAGUUUAGUAGCUGGGACCCACCACUCAUUGCUGUCACACUGGAGAUUCACGCCAGUGUUCUGUCUGAAUGUCCAGUGGAGGGCUAGAGAUGUAGAUUCUGACAAACUGUGAGGAUGUUUUGAGUACGUGAUGGCAACAAGGCUUCUCAAUGCUUUUGCUCUGUCUUCAAAGUGUCUUUGAUCUCUGUGCGGUCAACCUGUGAAAUCUGUCCGAUAGUUUCUUUUGAUUGUCAUGUACUGUACACAGCACAUAGAUUUUGCUGAUCUAUUUUUGUAUCUAUAUCUGAGAAACUGGACUCAAAAACACUUUCUUGGUAAAUGUCUGAAGCUCUGUGAGCAGUAUGGAGUUGUAGAGUUUGUUCUACUUUCACAGUUUCGUCAAUGAUUUUUUUUAUUUCUGUUAGAAAAAAUGUAUUUGUGAAUGUGUCUCGGUCAGUGUGCUGUUUCAAAGUAUAAAUGUUAAAACCACCCCACGUUCGCUUCCCUGAGGUGAAAAAGAAAAGUUGUAAGUGAAGGGUGUAUAUUGUUACAUAAUGAUAUCUGUAUUCUUGGCUCUGCUGAUGUCAUAAUUUCAGGUGAUGAUGUGUGUUGUUCUGUUUACUCUGUUAGUUAAAAAGAAAGAAAAUUGCAGGUAGCUCAAAUGUUUAAGGUGGUUUGUUUUGUAAGAAAGAAAUGAAGCACAUUUUAGGGCACAUAAUAGAAUUAUGAAACACAUCUUGUGAAAGAUUCUCAGGCUUUGAUUGUAUUCAGAAAGUUGCCACUGGACAAUAUCUCAACGAAAAAGACACGAUCACAAUCACUCUUCUCCCACAAAACUCCUCGCUGGGUUGAGUUAUGUUGGAAGAUGCUCUCGGUUUCAUCUUGGCAAACACAGUUAAACAGUUCAGAAAUCGUAUUUUACCACCCUGUCAGCAUUCAGGCAUUAAAUAUUGCCACAGCUGUCAUAAUAACAGUGACAUAAUACAGCACAAUGUUGAAAUCUAGGAUGUUAAAUGCAUUAUGACCAGAAAACAGCUGUCACAAAAUGACAUCGAAGGGCUGUUAUGUCUCACAUCUGACAGUUUUAUGAGAGGCUUGGUGUACUGUUGACUCGUACCGAUAUGGCUUCCAAAUUAUUUUCCCACUAUAAAUGAGAAUCUGACUCUAGCUAACUCUGUUAAAUAUGCUGGUUAUAUUACCCCUCCAGUCUAUAAUCCCAAAAGCCUAGCACAUUUGUCCAUCCAUCUGUAUGCAAUAAGGGUUUUGAUGCUCUGAUAGUUCACACGAAAAUGAAAAUCAUCUAUAUUCAACAGCAUGUAGUUCUGACUCUGUAUUUCUUUUCUAGUUAAUAAGCAAGAUGAAAUUGACAGGGGAAAUGCGGUGAAUAACAGCUUCUUGGCAGACAAAGUUGAUCAAAUUUUUUAUAUGGUGCUUUUUCUCUGGAAUUGGCAAUGUAAAUCACCAGCUUUUGUUGGUUAGUAGAGAUAGUUUUGAACAUUCUGCCUAAUAUCUAACUUGGUGCUUCACGGUUCAAAGAAAAAUACAGGGUUGGAAUGACAUGAAGUUGAGUAACUUCAUUUUAAUGAAAAUUCUUUAAACCCUCUGAAUGUUCUAGAGCUCUUAGCAAAUAGGUGCGAAUCACAUAUGUUUGUUCCCAGUAUGCCAUGCAAAUGUAACAGAUGAAAAUGAAUUUAAUGUGUGUGAAUGAUCCCUUAAGAACCAGUGCCUGGAAAGAACCCCUCAGAGCUCUCAAAGAUCUUCUCACGUAAGGUUUUUCUACUGCUUUGUUAAGGUGAAGAUGUGAAUAUUUUAAAGCUGGACCAGUGAUGGUCAACCUGUCAUAUUCUGAACUGAUGGGCAAUAUAGAUUCUGUUCAGUUUACAAAUAAACACCAGCAUGUUUUGCACAGGAAUUAUAGCACACCCUACCUGUUCUCUCUCUGUGUCCCAUCAUGAUUCAGGUCUAGCAUGCCAUUGAACCUUCAACUUUCACAAGGUGUGUUCCAACUUAAACCAGUUUUAAACCUUUUAUACAUGUUCUGAACAAUGUGCGUGGUUAUAUUGUCAGUUAUUUUUGCUCUUUAAUUUGAUUCUGAAAAUGCUUUAAAUUUCUUGCCUAUACCCACCGAUUCAGUCGGUGCCUUACUUUUCUCUGGAGAGCGUUUUUAUUGCGUUUUUGAAAUGUUGUUGCAAUGUUCCUACAGCCAUGUUGUGCCACCUUGUGUAUUCAUAUUUCUGUACAAUCGCUGU